AUUAUCUAUUUUCAGUUAAUGCAGUGUGGACAUCUUUCCAUGGCCGUAACUUUUCCUGUAUAAUCAUUUCAAUGGGUGCAUUGGAUUCAGUGAUAUGAAUGCACCAUUAUGUCAGCGAUCAGUACUCCUUCCAGUACAGAAAGGAGCAUCCAGGUUCCUUUCUUCUAAACAACUUGUUAUGUUAACGCAAGUUCGUGUGCGCGACACGCAGUGAGGACAAACAAACCCAAACAUCGGAGUUUGGAGCAGAGAAAGUUGGCCUGCUGCUGUGGGAAUGCUGGCUGCUCCUACUGCUGCGGCUGCUGCCCCAAGAUCCGCCAGUCCCGGAGCACCCGCUUCAUGUACGCGCUCUACUUCAUCCUGGUCGUCAUCAUCUGCUGCAUCAUGAUGUCCAACACCGUGGCCAACGGGAUGAGGGAGCAUAUCCCUUUUUUCGAAGAUAUCUGUAAAGGCAUUAAAGCUGGCGACACCUGUGAGAAGCUGGUGGGGUAUUCUGCGGUAUAUAGAGUCUGUUUUGGAAUGGCCUGUUUCUUCUUUAUAUUCUGCCUCCUGACCUUGAAAAUCAACAACAGUAAAAGUUGUAGAGCCUAUAUUCACAAUGGCUUUUGGUUCUUUAAACUUCUGCUGUUGGGGGCCAUGUGCUCAGGAGCCUUCUUCAUUCCAGAUCAGGAGACCUUUCUAAAUGCCUGGCGCUAUGUGGGAGCCGUCGGAGGCUUCCUGUUCAUAGGCAUCCAGCUCCUCUUACUUGUGGAGUUUGCACAUAAAUGGAACAAGAACUGGACCGCAGGCACAGCUAGCAACAAGCUGUGGUACGCCUCUCUGUCCCUGGUGACUCUCAUCAUGUACUCCAUCGCCACGGGAGGCUUGAUUUUGAUGGCAGUGUUUUAUACACAGAAAGAUGGUUGCCUGGAAAAUAAAAUUCUUCUGGGGGUAAACGGAGGCCUGUGUCUGCUUAUUUCAGUGGUAGCCAUCUCACCCUGUGUCCAAGAUCGACAACCGCACUCUGGGUUACUGCAGUCGGGUCUCAUCAGCUGCUACGUCACGUAUCUCACGUUCUCAGCUCUGUCCAGCAAACCUGUAGAAGUAGUUCUAGAUCAACAUGGGAAGAAUGUCACCAUCUGCGUGCCUGACUUUGGUCAGGACCUGUACAGAGACAAAAACUUGGUUGCUGGACUGGGUACCACUCUGUUGUGUGCGUGCAUCUUGUAUUCCUGUUUGACAUCGACGACCAGAUCAAGUUCGGAUGCUCUGCAGGGGCGGUACGCAGCUCCUGACCUGGAAGUAGCCCGGUGUUGUUUUUGCUUCGGCUCUGGUGGAGAGGACACAGAAGAGCAGCAGAAUGUGAAAGAGGGCCCGAGGGUCAUUUAUGAUGAGAAGAGAAGCACUGUCUACAGCUAUGCCUAUUUCCACUUCGUAUUCUUCUUGGCUUCCCUCUAUGUGAUGAUGACCGUCACCAACUGGUUCAACUAUGAAAGUGCCAACAUUGAAACCUUCUUCAGCGGGAGCUGGUCCAUCUUCUGGGUCAAGAUGGCUUCCUGCUGGAUAUGUGUGCUGUUAUACCUGGGAACGCUGGUCGCUCCCCUCUGUCGACCCUCUCCGCACUUCUCCGUGUGAGGAUCGGAGCAAUCUCCUAGGUUCUGCAGGCUGGAAGUGACGUCCUUUGAACAAACGUACCAGGAGUCUGAGCAGUGACUGGUACUUUGUGAUAAGCUGGCAUUCCCCCUGGCUGGCUUGAGUGGGUCUAAAAAAACUUAACAGGGGGAAAAAAAAAAUCACCUGCUUAUCUUUUUUAAUUCUGAAAUUUGAAAAGAAGCUACCAGUUUGUCCCCCGAAAAUUGAAAUUUUCACCCGAGUGGAUCCUGAGUGAUAUAUUUUGUAUGUGUCUUACCCCUAAAAACUGGGAUAGUAGUUAGGCAAGUAUUUUCCUUCUGCAUGUUUUUACCAAAACAGAGUUUGGGACAUGACAUUUUAUCACAGGGAGAAAAGCUUACCUUGUGUGGCCUAUUAUUCCUAUCCCUGAAAUAGAAAGACAUGACAGAAUCUGGGGCCCUAAGCUCCUGACAGAACGCAGACCCCUCUCCCACACCUCGGCCUGCGGGACCCCUGCUCCUGGUUCCCUACUAUUUAUUGGCUACAAGAGGAAGCAUCUGCUUUUAACUCCACCCUUGUGCUGUUUCCUCCCAGCCCCCAAACGUUUCCCUUUGAAGUUGUGAUGCUGGGAAUCACAGACUUCACUCUGUCCUUGCCCUUCCCAGAGCUCCCCUCAUCCUUUCUGGGUUCAACAUCUUUGUUAUAAUGUGAAAAAGCACAAUUUGUCAUCACCACCCCUGUGAUCCCCCACCAGGUUAUCACUACCUGAUCUGAGUUACUGCAAUACUAUGACUCUUACACGUGGUGUUACUCACAUGAUUAGAGAACAAUAUUCGUGUUGUUUUCCUUGCUAUAGUUCUUGUUUGUGGAUUGAUAUUCAUGAUACUUUAGGACCUUACCUGGGAAGUUGCUUCUUGACUGAAGCCUGCUGCGCCCCUCUUUCCAUUACUAAAGUCAGCCAGUUUUCUCUUCCACUUGAGGCCUUCGAAAUUGUAAAAGCAAAAGGACUUUUGUUUUCCAGACCUGUAAUGUGACCACACCGUUAAUGUCCAUUAUGAUUUUGGGGGUGGAUUUGCUGAGGUGAGGACCACCACCUCAAACAGGGCUGACCAGGUAAGGCCUCCAGUUAUACAAGUUGUACAAGUGACCAAAUAUACU